AUGUUUGCCAAGAAUGUUGCAAAUGGUCGUGAUGUCAGUCAGACCCGGUCCGGCCGGAGUGCUAAACCGGUUAAAUUGCCGGGAUUCAUGCGGUCCGACCCUGAUAGCGAGCUUGCGGUCAUGUAUAGGCACAUUAAGACAGCUUCGUCAAAGCUAAAUCUCUCAGGGCGGGACCGUCGUGAACGGGCCAAAACACAACCGGUUACCGACGAAUAUUCCCAGGUAAGGUCACCGGUUGCUGACUACAUCCGUCAACCGUUUAUUAAGACAGCUAGCAAACAGAUGGGUGGUGAGAGUUUUUGGAGGCACGUUCCACAGGUGCCAAAAACCAGCUAUGAAACUACCCAGAAUGCCUCAACCGUGGAGUAUGAUAAGAUAUUAUCGGCAAAACUUUGGAAGUUUUUUAAUAAUUCGUGCCGUGAUCAUUCGAAACCGGAGAUGUGUGCAUUGGCUUUUCUACAAGCAUCGUAUGCAAGUGACGAUAGUGAUGUGGAAACGGAAGGUGGUGGUUUUUUCGGGUUCGAUCUGGAUGGUGCAACUGGAGAGCAGUUCAGUACCAACAAAGAUGAACUGAAACAGUUUUUUGAUAAGAUUCCUGGUGAUUUGACGAAAUCUACCGUGGAAAAUACUGGGGAAGCUGCGCAAGACUCUGAUGACUUUUUCAAUUCACCGAAUCGAAAAAAAACUAAUAAAAGGACUAAAAAAGAAAUUUUACGCGAAGAUGCUGCGAAGAGGCGCAGGUUGGCGCACAAUGCUAUCCUGCAGAACUGUGAUUGCCGGAAACAGUGCAUCAACCUUUUGUCUCGAGAUGACAGGAUGAGUAUUCACGAGUCGUUCUGGAACCUAAGAGAAGUGGAUCAGAGCAACUUUAUUCAAAAGUACGUACAUCCCGCUAUUGCAGAAAAGCGACGCAAAUGCCGUACUCCCGCGAACGAAUUGCGUAAAACCCAAUCGUACAAAUGCACCCUUCCUUCGGCCAGUGAUGACCCGAUUGCAGUUUGUCGAAAGUUUUUCCUGAAUACGCUCGGGUACGAAGAACACUGUGGUAAUAUUAUCUAUCGACGCAUCAACAGGUCCAAAAAUAGCGAACCUUGCCGUACAAUACGGGGAAAGUAUACCAGGAACUCGAAUAUACGUGAUUCUAUUAUAGCUCACAUCUUGAGUUACGGGCCAACGAUUUCACAUUACCGUCGAGAGCACGCUCCUAACAGACGCUAUCUUCCAUCAGAUUUAUCGCAAAGGGCAAUGCACAAGCAUUACCAAGAUACGCAUACUAGCCAAGUUAGCUAUUCACUCUACUCGCGAGUCCUUAACGAAAUGAAUAUAUCUUUCGUUAAGUUGGGUCACGAAGAGUGCGAAGUUUGUGUCAGCAUGGAGCAGCACAAAAAGGUCAAUGUCAACAAUUCUGAAUGUACCGACGAUUGUAUCCUCUGUUCUGACUACAGUAAGCACCUAGAACACGCUAAGCAAGCACGGAUCGAAUAUCGCAUGAAUGGAGAUACAGUCACCGCAGGCCAAUUGGUAAUGGCAGUUGACCUCCAGAAGGUAAUACAAUUGCCUCGCUUGGACGGGCUAAAAACGAUUGUUUUUUCCCAACGAAUUUUGGCUUUUAACCAGACAUUUGCACCUGUCGGGGCAUUUGCACGAACAUUUCCAGUUGUUGCCUGCAUCUGGCCAGAAUCUGUCAGCGGUCGUAGCAGUUCUGACAUUAACAGUUGCUUCCAUAAAUUCAUUCUUAACUAUGGCCAUCUCGAGAAGUUAACGUUCUGGUUGGAUAACUGUUCUGCGCAGAAUAAAAAUUGGAAUUUUUUUCUUCAUCUUAUUCUGCUCAUUAACAAGAUGAAUGUUAAUGUUAAGGAGAUUGUACUCAAAUAUUUUGAGUCUGGCCAUACAUUCAUGGCAGCUGACAAUUUCAAGGUGCGGUCGAAGGUUCAAUGCGACAUGGUCGUGUAG